CGGCGUCGACACCGGGAGUUUGGUAAAAUGUUCCGAGAGCAGUUUGGGCCUCGGCACAACGUGGCCAUCGCCGACCCGGCCCUGGUGGAGGAGAUCUUGAGGAAAGAGGGCAAGUACCCAUCUAGACCUCCUUACGAGUCCUGGGUACUGUACAGCAGCCUGAGAAACCGAAGAGGUGGCUUGAUGACAUCGGAGAAUGAAUACUGGAGGCGCAGCCGCAGUGCAUUUGCCACCAAACUCCGUCCCAAGGCAGUUUGUGAUUACGUGGAGGGCAUCAACCAAGUCUGUGCUGACCUAGUGGACCGCAUCUCCUACCUGAAGGACGAGAAAGGCGGCACUCACCUGGUGCCUCGGCUGCUCAACGAACUCAAUAAGUUCACCAUGGAAACAAUACUCUAUGUGAUGUUGAACAAGAGAGUCGGCUGCCUGGACAGAGAGGUCUCAGACCGGGUCAACGCUUUCAUACAAUCCAUAGCCACCAUGUUCCUGACUGGGCAUCAACUGAUGGUCUACGCCAAGAUCCACAUGAUCCUCCGCACACGACCUUGGAGGGAUCAUGUUCAAUCCUGGGACAAAAUCUAUGAAUUUG